GUGCCGUACAACCCUCAUGUCAUUACAGCUUUGUUGAUAUUCGAGAGCUUGCCAUCUUUACCAACGUCCUUUGGUCAUCCUUUCUGGACGUCAAAACUUUUUCAAAGACGGACAGACUUUCAAAGACGGACGUUUUUCGAAGCUGCCACUUCAUCUGAAGAGGAAGAGGAAUGGGGACCCUCUCAGAUGAUAUCAGAAGACUUUUGGAAGAUUGCGAGCUGUUUGUCUCCAGCAUUCUCCAGGAUGAAAACCUCAGCAGACAUGCCAGCGAGACUCGACAGAUACUCCUGAAGAACUUCCGUGUGGUCCACACCAGAAAUCCACAGGAGUUUCCUUUCAGAUCGGAGUCCAGACAUGAGGAUAGCUCCGAUGACAAUCACAGCAACAGCCUGGGGCGCUCCGCUCCCUCCGACGACCUCUCCGUGGCCUCCGACUACCAGGAGGAGGGAUCCUUGGAGUAUUUUAAGGAGAUACCUACGGUUGCAGCCCAGGAGCUGGGGAAUAUUCUGAAGCAGGGCUACCUGGAGAAGAAAAGGAGAGAUCACAGUUUUCUUCGAAUGGAGUGGCAGAAAAAAUGGUGUGUCCUCAACAACACCAUAUUCUACUAUUUUGGCAGUGAGAAAGAUAAGCAGCAGAAAGGCUCCUUCUAUAUCAAUGGCUACAGGGCAGAGCUGGUGCCCAACCUGCGCAAGGACUCCAAAAAGAAUGCCUGCUUUGAGAUGAUUGCCCCGGGGAGGCGCUCUUACCAGUUCACCGCCAGCAGCACUCGCGAGGCCAGAGAGUGGGUGGACCAGAUCAACUUUGUGCUCAAAGACCUCACCUCCACCUUCAUCCCCUUCGACGACGAUGAGGAAGAGGAGGAGGAAGAGGAGGAGGAGACUUACGACGACAUUGAGAGAGCGGCCAGCCCUCCUCCUCGUCCCAUGCCCGUCUCCAACCCCACUGCGUCCCACGGCCCCUUGCCCCCGCCCGCACCCAUCUCCCACCGCACGCCUGAGGCCUGGAGGACCCGGCCGGUGGCCCAGGAGGAGGACAUGCUGGAGGAAGAGGAGGAGGAUGAGGAGGAUAUUUAUGAAGUGCUGCCAGAGGAUGACCUGUCAGACAAUACAGAGGAUGGAGCUGAUAACAGACCCAAAUCAGCAUGGUCUGAGUAUGCAAACUACUACCAAGGAUUAUGGGACUGUGAGGCUGACAAGCCAGAUGAGCUGGCCUUCCAGAGAGGAGACCUCAUCUACAUCCUUAGCAAGGAGUACAACAUCCAUGGCUGGUGGGUAGGAGAACUGGGAGGCAACAUUGGCAUUGUCCCUAAAGAAUACCUUCAUCCAGCUUACAUCAUCUGAGCUCAUGGAUUGCCCAAUGCUGGACCUCCACAGACUCUUACAACACUCGACAAGAACUACAGACUGAGAAUACUUUCAAAGCUUUAAACAGUUAUUUUAUAUUAUCAGUAUACAUACUAUGAAAUUAUAUAGACCUACCAAAUCUUUGUUUUCUCUAUUUUUGAAUUGUGUCUGGUAUUAUAAAGAAAAUGUAAUAAAUGCAACAUGAAUGUUUCA